AUGGAGUGUUGGGUGAUACUCGCCGCUGCCUUCGUGACGGCGCUGGCGCAGAACAACAGAAAUGAUGGACCCAGAUUCUUAUCGCGAGGACAUUCCUUCAGAACAGUUGUCGGAGACACCCUGCUGCUGCCGUGUCAGGUGCAAAAUUUAGGUUCAUUAGUACUUCUAUGGAGACGAGGGCCCGCCGUUCUAACAGCUGCCAGCCUCAUGGUUACAAGAGAUGAAAGAUUCAGAUUAGUCGAUGGAUACAACCUACAGAUAACAGAUGUAGGGCCACAGGAUGCCGGUGACUACGUGUGUCAGAUAUCUGACCGCAUCGCUCGAGACCAAGUACACACGGUGGAGGUUCUGGUCCCCCCGAGUGUGCGCGCGUCUCCUGAGUCUAGACACGCGGCGGCGCGGCGCGGAGGAGCCGCGGUACUGGAGUGUAGAGCCGCAGGGAAUCCUGUACCCAAUGUUAUAUGGCAUAAGAUGAACGACACAAGCACUCGUCUGGCUGAAGGGCCUCAACUGCAACUAUCACGCCUUGAAAGACAACACAGCGGAAAAUAUAUAUGUACAGUCGACAACGGGGUAGGACCUCCUAUAGUUGCGGAGUUCCAGUUGCAAGUAUUAUAUCCGCCGGAGAUUACAGUGGACCGUUCUUGGGUUCACUCGGGCGAAGGGUUCCGCGCUGAGUUGAGGUGUUCCGUACUAGCAGACCCACCGGCUGAGGUUCUCUGGUAUCAGAAUUCUUUUCCUCUGUCAGCUUCGGAGCGGAUCACUAUGUCUGUUCGUGGAAAUAAUCACACGUUACUUAUAGCUAACGUACAACCAGAAGACUUCGGAAAUUACACGUGUGUAGCUGAUAAUAGUCUUGGUCGCGCGCGUCAGCACGUCGAAGUGUCCGGCAGGCCGGGCGCCGCGAGGUUCACUUCGUCUCCUCUCGCUGGGUCAAGAACUUCCUACACAUUGUCAUUCACAGUCGAUAGUUACCCUCCGUUAGACGAACUACGUCUUUUAUAUAGACAACUUGCGAUAAACGAGUCUUUCCAGCAGCCAGGUCGUUGGCAUGACGUAGUCCUGCCUCCCCCCUCCCGACCUACUUCCUUAACACACCACGUGACACACGAGCUAGUAGGGUUACAACCAGGAGCCGUGUACGAAGCGAUCGUUCAAGCUAAGAACAGAUACGGAUGGAAUGAGGUCAGCGACAUAUUCCAGUUCCACACGCUCGGCGGGUCUCACUCGGUGCACGCGGACGAGUUGUCACCUAUGUUCUCCUCCGCGGCCAUACACCGACUGAUGACGUCAGCACUCGCGCUAGCUUUAUAUACCCUGGCCGGAUGA